GGAAGGCGGCGGAGCGAAGAUGGCAGAGCCGGAGGCGCAGCUGCUGCGGGCCGUGGGGUUGAUCGAAAAAGACACCAACGGAGAUGCUUUGUGGGUUUGGUGUUAUCCGUCCGUAACAGCGGAACUGAGGACUCUGCUGCUGCGAAAGUGCUGCCUUACAGAUGAAAACAAACUGCUCCAUACGUUUGUGUUCGGCCAGUAUAAAAGGUCUUGGUUCUACAUCACAACGGUAGAAGUUCAAGAUUCUCCAGCCUUGAAGAAGGUGACCCACUUCUCCAUUGUCCUGACAGCCAAAGACUUCAACCCAGAGAAAUAUGCAGCCUUCACCAGGAUCCUCUGCAGGAUCUACCUGAAGCAUGGAAGUCCAGUUAAAAUGAUGGAGAGUUACAUUGCAGUCCUCACAAAGGGCAUCUGCCAAAGUGAAGAAAAUGGAUCUUUCCUCAGCAAGGACUUUGAUGCUCGGAAGGCUUACCUUGCUGGCUCCAUCAAAGAUAUAGUGUCUCAGUUUGGAAUGGAAACAGUUAUUUUAUAUACUGCACUGAUGUUAAAGAAGAGAAUUGUAGUGUACCAUCCUAGAAUAGAAGCUAUCCAGGAAUUUACCAGGACUUUGCCUGCUUUAGUGUGGCAUCGACAAGACUGGUCAAUUCUUCAUUCAUAUGUGCAUCUAAAUGAGGAGGAACUGGAAGCCUUAAAAGCCUGCACAGGUUACAUUGCUGGAUUUACAGACUCUGAAGUGAGCAGUAGAUCAGACCUCUAUGAUGUCUAUGUGAAUUUGGCAGACAGUGAGAUUACAGUUUCGCCUGUAGUAAAAGAGGCAAUGACAAUGGGAAAACUUCACAAAGAAAUUGGACAACUAAUUGUUCAGUCUGCAGAAGAUCCAGAUAAAUCAGACAGCCAAGUCAUUAAGGACAUUUCUCUGAAGACAAAAGAAAUCUUGGCUACUUUAGCCUCACUUACUGAAGUUUCUGAUGGCAGUGAAAAACCAACCCUUAAUGCUGAGGCCCUGAAACAAAAGCGAUUUCCACCAGCCACAGAAAACUUCCUUUUUCAUUUAGCAGCUGCUGAACAAAUGCUCAAAAUCUGAUUUUGAUGCACUGCGGUGUUACGGACCAAUUCUGAAAAAGCUGUCUCUGCCAUCCAGAUAGGUAUACCUGGUAUUUUUUAUGAAAAACUAAAGGUAUGAGUCAAUGUCCUAGUUA